UCUCAUAUAUUUUCCUUCAUCUGGGCUUUUGGUCGCAAGUCUGUGCUGCUAAGGUGAAAUGAGGUUGUCAAUUGCGCUUGUACUGCUGCUAUUGUUGUGCACUGUAGGUUUUAGAGUUGGUUCCGAAAGUAUAUACAGCCAAGAUGGUGCUGCUCUCCGAGCACUAAUGGAGCAUAUGAAGAACAUCCCACCAGACUGGGGGAAAUCAGGUGAUCCUUGUGGUGGAAACCCAUGGGCAGGAGUUACAUGCAACAAUUCCAGGGUCAUUGAACUGAAGUUAUACAACAUGGGCAUUGAAGGUACUCUGAGCAGUGACAUUGGAAGCCUCACUGAACUUCAAAUCCUGGAUCUAUCCUACAACAGGAACCUCGGUGGCUCACUUCCUCCAGCCAUUGGGAGACUGCAACAUCUUACCUCUCUGUUCUUAAUUGGAUGCAACUUCACCGGUAACAUCCCAGAUGAAAUCGGCAAUCUAUCUGAACUUACUUUCCUGGCGCUACAGUUGAACAAGUUUAUUGGAAAAAUACCAAAUUCUCUUGGUCGACUCUCCAAACUCGUCCUUCUGGACUUGGCAGGUAAUCAGUUGAGUGGUCCCAUUCCCAUCUCUACAGAUAUAGCGCCAGGAUUAGACCAGCUUGUCUAUACAAAGCAUUUCCAUUUUAACAAGAAUCACUUGUCUGGCCCCAUUCCUGAAAAGCUUUUCCACUCUAAUUUGACAGUGUUACAUGUACUUCUUGACCAUAAUCAGCUUACUGGUACAAUUCCAGGCUCGAUUGGAGUUGUGCAGUCUCUUGAAUCUCUACGUCUUGACAACAAUAAUCUUACAGGCCAGAUUCCUGAAACUAUUAGUGAUCUUAGAAACCUCAAAUUACUGAAUUUAGCAAACAACAAUUUAACUGGACCAAUGCCGAAUCUAACGUUGUUGAAUUCCCUUGACACUCUGGACUUGAGCCAGAACUCGUUUGAUCCUUCAGAAGCUCCUGCCUGGUUUGCCAACUUAGAGAAUCUCUCAUCUUUGGUCAUAGAAUCUGGAGGGCUCUUUGGUAAAGUACCAGCUAAACUCUUCAGCCUUCCACGAUUACAGCGUGUGGUGCUAAAGAACAAUGCCUUUAAUGGCAGUCUUGACAUGGGCAGCGAUAUCAGCAAUCAACUGCAAAUUGUGAAUGUUGAAAACAAUGCUCUUACAUCGGUCGAACUCAGCGUGGACUAUAACAAUACUAUAAUGCUGCAUGGUAAUCCAGUGUGCGGAAAUAUUCAUCUAUCAGAAACAAGCUAUUGCCUUCCUGUACGAAAGAAACCUGUUCCUUCUGUAAAUCAAUCCCACUGCAAAUCACAAGCAUGUGCCCAAAUUUAUGAUUGUUUGCAUCCAUACGAGGGGCUGAUGAUUUUCAGAGCACCCUACUUUCAAGUUGUGACAGAUCACUUGGUGUUCGAACAGUUAGAGGAAACUGUAUGGAAUACAUAUGGAUCACACGUGGCCUCCGUGUCUCUUCAAGAUCCCCACUUUAAUGGUGAUUCUUAUCUGGAGGUACUGCUAAAGCUUUGCCCUCUAAAUGGAGCGUACUUCAACCGAACAGAGAUAUUGAUGGAGCUCGACCUAAGCAACCGGCAUUAUAAAGCACCAAAAAUUUUUGGUCCUUACUAUUUCAGCGCUCUUCCAUACAAUUUCCCAGGAACAAGUUCCUCUUCCCAUAGAGGUUUGAUCAUCGGAAUGGUGGUGGGAUUUACAAUUCUGAUCGUUGGACUUGUAAGCAUGGGGAUAUAUGCGAUGCGACAAAAGAAAAUGGUUCAAAAAGCUAUAGAAAUUAUUAAUCCCUUUGCUUCCUGGGAUCCUGAUGUAGAAAAUAGUGUGGAAGCACCACAAUUGAAUGGAGCAAGGUGGUUUUCUUAUGAUGAACUCAAGAACUGCACUAACAAUUUCCCUGAGAUUAAUGUAAUUGGCGUAGGAGGCUAUGGGAAGGUAUACAGAGGAAAGCUUUCCAAUGGGAAGAUAGUCGCGAUCAAGAGAGAGCAGCUGGAGUCAAAUCAAGGCGGGCUCGAGUUUAAGACUGAGAUUGAGUUGCUCUCGAGAAUCCAUCACAAAAACCUACUUGAACUUGUAGGCUUCUGCUUUCAGAAAGGAGAACGGAUGCUAAUUUAUGAGUUCAUGCCUAAUGGAACUCUGAGGGAAUGUUUGUUAGGACAAAAUGGCGUUGAACUGAACUGGAAGGCCAGACUUUGUAUUGCUCUUGACUCGGCCCGAGGAGUUGCUUAUCUUCAUGAACAUGCAAACCCACCAAUUAUCCAUAGAGAUAUAAAAUCUACGAAUAUCCUUCUGGAUGAACAUAUGAAUGCAAAGGUCGCAGAUUUUGGGCUCUCCAAGCUAGUAUCGGACAGCGAAAGAGGUCAAUAUACUACUCAGGUCAAGGGGACAUUGGGUUAUCUAGAUCCAGAGUACUACACUACUCAACUGCUGACGGGGAAAAGCGACGUUUACAGUUUUGGGGUCGUAAUGCUAGAACUAAUAACAGCAAUGCCACCAAUUCACAAUAGCAAAUACAUUGUCCGAGAGGUUCAAAAGUCAAUAAACAAGAAAGACCUGAAGUUCUAUGGUCUAGCUGAGUUAAUGGAUCCUGUCAUCCGAUAUGGACCUCAUAUUAUAGGUUUCAAGGGGUUUGUAGACCUAGCACUUCGAUGCGUUGAGGACUCAUCGGUAGAUCGACCGACAAUGGGCGAGGUUGUUAAAGAACUUGAGGUGCUGGCGGCUAAUGAAGGAAUGAGCAGAAACUCAUCUUCAGCAUCGUCGUCAUCAACGAGAUAUCUGAUUCCUAGGAGGGAUGGAGGCAAUAAUCCUUUUGAAUACUCUGGUGGCUACUCAUUCUCAAUAGAACUUGAACCGAAGUAGCCAGUAGUAGUGCAGUUCCCUUCAAUUUUCUUUUCCUUGUUAUAGGAGUCUGCAUGUUUACAAGUUCAUCAUACGUACAUGUUUACUUUAUGAUUAGUUACCAACUAUAGGUAAAGCUAGCUUCUUAAUGAUAAGAUAAGGUA